CACUGUUAGAAACAAACCACGUGACGUCGCUAGGGGGCGUCGUUGAGCAUUUCUAUUUAUGUAGCUAUUAAAAAGUCGCAAUAACUAAACCUACUCCAUUUUUUAAACUUUAAUGACAUCCGAGAAAUACACCAGUAGGGUAUGGUGAUGUUGUUUAGUGCGUAGUCAGUCUGUCACACAUUACUAACAGCUGAGAACGGCAGCUCUGAUAGUUCGAGGGGGAAAUGUAGGACGCUGCAGGCAACAACUCAACACAACUGUAAAUCCGAGUGGUAAUGCAACCAGCAAACACGCCGCACAGGAGGGAGACCUGCUUCAGCACGAACAGGACCAGCAUGGAGAAAUACGCCCCUAAAGUCAGCAAAGUUCUGAUGACACCUGAUCCACAUUAUGUACCGGGGUAUGCAGGGUAUUGCCCCCAGCUCAAGUACAGUAUGGGGAAGUCUUACGGCCAGCUCACAGCCGAGCUGCUGACCAGUCCCGAGGUGAAACACUCUAAUCGUCUGGUCCUCCACACGGGUCACGUCCCCUCCAAAGAGUCUGACGCCGGUCUGACACUGAGAAGCAUCCCUGACAGUAACUUGAAGAAGAUGAUACCCGGAUAUACCGGCUUCAUUCCAAAAAGUCAGAACUACUUUGCCUGCAGCUACGCUGAAACAUCUCGUAAAGCGCUAUCUGAGUUUUAUCAGGACCAACGGCAAUCAACACACCUGCCAGAUGUUGUCAACUACACCAACCAGCAGUUUGAAAGACCAAGACCCCCCUUGACAGCAAUCUCCAACAAAGUGAUCACCUACAGGCCCUUGAAGUCCUUCACCCCCACUGAAAAACCGUACUUCAUGGAUGAUGAUAACCCGCACAAGUACUUUAUCUCAGGUUUUACAGGACAUGUGCCAAAAUCUCGUUUCCUAAUUGGCAAAGGUUUCCCCAUCACUACCAACCAGGCACUGAUCCAGUUUGGGAAGCAGCAGCAGACUGACCCCACGUCCCAGGUCAUCCCAAGGAGGAAUGAAAGUAUAAUAACUCCCAUGCCCACUAUCUAUCCAUCAAACAGAGGUGUAGUGCCAUCAUUUACAGGACACAUCCCAGGAUACCAGUUCAUGUAUGGACAAACCUUUGGCCAACUUUCCAAGAAUGCCCUGGAAAAGAGCGGCAUCAAGAGGAUCCUUCAGUCAAAGUCAUAAAACCAUCAUACACUUCAAUGAAAUGAUAACUGGCAAGAUAAAGUUGUGAUGAGUGAAAACUUAUCAGGAAGUCCUCACAUUUCCAUUAAAAUAAAUUGUGCUGGAUUGCAAAAAUA